AUGUCCAGCACAACAACAUCUUUGUUCGGAGGCGGUGCGCCAUCUGUCCCCGCGAACAACGACGUAACGUUGGCGGUCCAGCUUCCCAGCGCCUCAGAUGCUCCCCUUCCCGACGUUGAUUCGUUCGCUUCCGAGCUCGGUAACCUAGUAUUGGCCGUACAAGCCGCUACCGAUACUGCUAGAGUUGCGCACGACGCAGAUCUAGUAGCCGGCAGAGCUGUGCAAGCCGCUAGAGUCGAAGCCAUCAUCGCCAGGAAGGCCAAAGAGGCUGUAGCAGCGCUCUUCGCUAGCCAGCUCAAAGGCAAGUCCAAGUCACAUUCAACAGUCUUCAGUUUCGGGGAGGAACUCAAGAAGCACGGAUUGUCCAUUGAUCGUCAGAUCUCUUACAUCUCAGAUGCCCCCGACGGUGUCUUGAGCCUCCCCUUUGAGGUGUUUGGCGAGAUCGGUAUUCAUCUCAGCGUCACGGACCUCAACGAGAUGCGUCUUGUCAACAAGCGCAUGAAGGAGGCUGUGGCAUUCCCAUACGGUAAGAAGAUUUUUGUUACUGAGAACAUCGUUAUCUUUCCUACGUUUGCAAGCGUUUCAGCGUUCUUGGUUGGGCUUGGGCUGGAUGGUGCGUAUCCUGGGACGGUUCGAACAAUCACCUUGGUUGGCGAGGGACCGACAACCCCGGAGCUCGGCUACAACUACUCUUGGGAAAAUCUCCACAUUCUCAAGUUCCCCGGCAUGCCAGAGCCGACCGAAGACCAGUUGUAUGAGGAUGAAGAGAUCUUGGAGUUCGCCAAUGAUGAGCACAAACACUGGAGCCGGAUCAACGAGUCAUUCUGUCACACUGGCGCAUACCGCACCAUGCUCAGCCUUGUACUCGCCAAGCUUCCCAACUUGAGGACGAUUCAGGUUCGCAAGCUGUACCCCGGCGAGCACAUCCCUGGUUGGGCCGGGCCGGAGGCUUUGUCGAAGAUGUCGUCGUACCAUCCAUGGACUCCAGUCAACGAGAUAUACUAUGGUGAUUGGAAGUACGAUGAGGUACACAAGCGGGUCACGAUGUGGAUAGACGAGUACGGUGAAGAGAUGGAGGAGGACGAUGCUGGCCCUCAGGCGGGAUUUGAGGAGGAUCUGUUCGCUGCCAUGGCACUGUCUGGCACUCAGGCUCAGGUCUUCGAGAUGCAUAAGGAGUUGGUCUGA